AUGUCAGCAGUUCGUCCUCGAGUGAUAUUUAGCAGUUCACAGGAAAUGAGACUUUUCCCGCAACCGGGAAACCACGAGAACGCGCCACAUCUGGGCCCUGGCUGCUAUGACAACCAUAAGAUCGGCACCAUCAUUUAUGAAUUAGAAAAGAAACCUGAAAGUAGGCGAGGAUACGGCCUCUCUGCUAGGACUGCUGCCCGCUUUCCACCUUGUACCCAAGCAGUGACCCCUUCACCGCAGCAGUACCAGCAGGACCACAGCAAGUCCAGAGUCACACCUCCUGGCAAGACACCAUUCAGCUCAAGCACACAAAGAUUCAGAAGUCCCCGACACACUGCUGCCACCACCCCAGGACCUGGUACGUACGACCACGACGUCGAGACAAACAAGAAAGUGAGCUGGCCGAUGCGCUUUGGGAGCCCAGACUGGUCCAGACUGGCUCAGCUGGAGAAGUCUGUCCAAGUGAAGCUGACCAGUGACAAGCAGCGUGUUAAACAGAGGAGCAGACUGGCCUAUCUGAGCUUGUACUUCUAUGGCUGA